AUGACCACCCGCCUCCUCCCCCGCGCCCUCGCCGGCGCGCGCCAUUCCCACCACGCCCUAGGCGCCGGCCUGGGCCUCUCGCUCGGCACGGGCAUGAUGCUCUCGCGCAACUCGAAGCUGCGGUUCGACUCUCGAACCGUAUUGCACGCCGCGUCGUUCAGCUCGACGGACUCUCUGGGUGCAAAGGGGCAGCGGGAUGCGGAGAAGGGGGUUUUAAGCGCGGAGCUGAUGAGGCAGCUUUCGGGGGGUAGUAUUACUGGUUUCGCAGCAGGACUACUUGUGAGCGUGUUCUCGCGGACGCUGGUGCUUCUAUUGGGUCUUUCCGUUGUGGUGGUUCAGGUGGCGUCGCGAUACGGCAUCAACAUAGUCCAGCAACUGAGGUUGAAGCAGCGGCUAGGAAAUCCACGCGUACUGGCCGCUUUGGAGAAGGAUCCGGCAUUCAAGCUGUCAUUCGGAAUGUUCUUUGCCAUGUCGGCGUUUAUGCAAUUCUAG